AUGCUGUCUCGGCUGUGCAGCACAAACAGCACGAAGGCAGUUGCCUUCUUGUACGGCGACCAGCUGCUGUGUGCCGGUGUGGGGUCUGAGCUCCGGGUGUACUCGUGCUCUUCCUCUUCUUCGGAAGUCGUCCAAGACGGUACUGCGGCUUCGUUAGACCCGGAAAAGGCGAGAGCCAAGGCCACGGACGCGGAAGAAAACGCCGAAGCACAUGACAAACAGACACAGUCGUCGGCCGCGGACGGACUGCCGUGCACGUCCUGCCUGCAUCGGCCUGCAAAGAAUCGACCCUUUGAUUUUUCGUGGGGUCUCGUUGCAAGCGCUCGCUUUUCUUCUGCAACCCAUAUCCUAGGUCUUUCCACGUCUUCAGGAUACAUCGCCGCCUAUGGCCUGGGCCACCUAGUUCUCUACCAGUUACAGUGGAUCGAAGAUUUCCCCCGAACUCCCGCCAAACCCAGGAGAGACAGGCAAACGCACGCUUCUGAUUCUGCCUACGGAGUCGACGUUUCACCGAAUGAAACGGCGCACGCGUCUCGCUCGUCGGAAACCCAGUUCCACAACCGCGUCGAAGCCACAGUGGAGAGGAGCGCAUCGCAGUCUCCUCGGGCUGGUGCGCGUCUCUCACGACUUCUUCGCUACUCGUCUCGCCAAUGGAUCCUCGACGUGCGCUUUUUGAGUACCUCAGGUUCCCGUGAAGCAACUGAACGCGGCGGAACAGUGGAAGAGAGGCCGUCUCCGCCCUGUUGGCCGUUCUUACUCGUCGGCUUUGCCCUUGGAAGAGUUGACUUGUUGGAUUCGGCGACAGGCACACGCCUGGCUAGCUGGACAUGCACAGAUCGAAGUCUCCUUUAUUCCCUGGCCGUGCACAUUCCCCGUUCGUCCUGGAGCUCAAAGAGCGAAGCCGUGGACUGGCUGCACUGCACGGCUCCAGAAAACAAAAGUGCACUGGCGGGCGAGGCAGCCCAUGGUAUUCGUAGAGAUGCGCGAGAAAAUAACUUCCCCGCUCAAUCAACUGCGUCCAUAACCGUCGCGAGUGGAACCGUGUACAGCAGCAUUCUUCUGUGGAACCUCGGCGUUCGUCAGUCGGCAGAAAACAGCGGGAUCGAAACCGCAGGUGGGGCGCAGCACGGGGGCAAAGUGAGCAUCCUAAUGCCUUUGAGCGAUGUGGGUCAGAGCCGAGCAGGGUGCACGGCAGGUGGAGAGCCGCUCGUGAGGUGCGAUCGCUCUACAGAUGCUGUCGUGCCGGGGCCAUCGGAGAAGGGUCAACUGCCUUCGGAAAUGAACUUUUCAUUGUCAGCUCACGGAAGCUCGAGAGACAUGGUGCCGCCGAAUACCGCAGUCGCGCCGACUCAAGUUCUUAAGGGUCAUCGUGGAGUCAUUUUCAAGGUGCGGUUCUACCUCGAAGGGCUGCUGUUGUGUUCAGCGUCGGACGAUCGCGAGGUUCGCCUAUGGUGGAAGUCUUCUGGGCGUCCCCAGGAAGCCGGCCGUAUCGAAAGGGAGACAAGAGAAGAAGAGAGAGAGGACAGGGGAGACGAGAGAAGGAAGGAAAGUGAGGGGAAUUCACGCGGCGAGCCGGCUCGUGAGUCGCCCUCCGGACUCGAGAGGUCCCAGCGGGCGGCACCGUUUUCGGAUGAUCUGUGCUCGUCAGAACAAGCGAGAGGUCCAGAGGCGGAAUACGCAUGCGUGGCGAUCCUUGAAGGACAUCGGUCGAGAGUGUGGGAUAUCGCGCUCUUGGAUAUUUCCUCCGAUCGGUCUUCUUCCUGGGGGCCGGGGUGGCCCGUGCCGCAAGGCAACUGUGGUGAGGGAGUGCGUUUCUCGUCAGGCAUGCUGUUCGAGGAAGCGCAACAGAGAUAUUUGAUUGUCUCUGCUGGCGAAGACUCCAGCUGUCGGAUCUGGUCUCUCCGUGGCGAAUUUCUGUACAGCCUCCUGGGCCACGCAGGACGAGGAGUGCGCGCAGUGUGUGCUCCAGAACCGGACAGCAUUUCGGGGCGCUUGCCCGUGAUUGCCUCGGGAGGUGAAGACGGCGACGUAAAGCUCUGGUCUCUGGGCGAUUCUCCCACCUUCGUGGAGAUCUUGGAGUCCCGCUUCAAAAGGCUGGGAGCGCAGGCUGCAUGUGCAGGCCUCAACUCGCCAGAGAACGGCAACGCGCGCGAAACGGGGCCCAUCCAACAGCACGGCAGGUCGACGUGCCAGCCAGGAGGCGUGCGCCGCGCGACCGUGUGGAACUGUCGAGAUCACAGCGGUCCAGAUGAUUUUGUACGGGAAGUGCGUCUCUUGGAUGGCGACCUUGCCGUUGUCGCGACAAAUUUCGGCUGUGUGUAUUUCCUCAGUCUGAAUGCCGCCCGCCGCGGCUGUUUUUCUCAGAAGGAAUCCGAUUCAAGCCUCGGCUCUUCCUCUCUCCACGGUGAUUCAGCACAGGCAAACAAAGCGUCGCUGGUUUCUGAAGAGGCGGCGAAUGACGAAGUCGCCUCUGUCCUUCUGGCCAAGGUCCCAGCCGUGCUCACGUGCCUCCGUGUCCUCGAUGGGCUGACCACAGUGGGCUGCGCAGAUGGGACGUUCUUCGCCUUCUUUCUCUCUCCCGAGAAGCUGGCGGUUGCGAGGGAGUCGCGAGACACGGGACGCACGUCCGAAGAGACCAGAACAACGGAACCCGCACUCGACCCUCCGAGGCGGUGGGCGUGCUUUCAACGUGCCCGAGUCGGGAACCUUUUCCAGGUUGCUCUGCCUGUCUCACAAAGCGAAGUUCUCGCUCUGGCGCGUCAUGGACCUCUCGGCAGCCUGCACGCGGCGGCGAGGAGUUCCUUCUCAACCCGAAGCUACUGGAGCGAAGUUGGUGAUCGCGGCGAUCUUUCUCCAAAGAUACGGGAAUUUGGCGUUGACUUGAGGUCUACAGCGCCGUCUUCGACUGGCGUGUCUGCGUCAGCAGCUUGCUGUGAGGCCGCAGCGCGUGCAAGCAACGCUGCGGACGUGUCCGUGGAACCUGGCGACUCCGUCGACCCCCCGUCUCCAGUCGAAAACAUUGUCGUGGCCACGGACCACACAGGGGCCGUUUCCUUGUGGUCGGUUUCAAGUGGCUGCGCGAAGAAAGUGCGCCACGCAUCUGCGCAUUCGGGGAGGACCCGGUGUGGACCGAAUGGAUCGGUACAGUCGCCCGAGUCCCCAGAAAUGAACGAUUCUGAUUUUCCAGCACCCUCAGACAGAACCGAUCGCGCCUUGCAGCGGGCGCACGAGGACACGGCUACGGUGUCUGACCCACUGGACGGCCUGCGUACAGAGCCUGCUGUUCAAUGGUUCGCAUCAGCGCAACUGACCCACGCAGGCGGCAGCAAGGCGGAUGCAUCGCGCUGUUUCUCUUGCUUAGGUUUGCUCUGCACAACAGACGCACCGCGUGGGACGCGUGAGGCUUCAGGAUCUGGAAGCGACGGGGGAGCGCGAGAAGACCCGCUCGGCGGCCGGUCGUUGUCCGUCCUGAUCGUCCUAGGCGACGAGGUGGGAAGUUUGCAUGUCGUCCAAGCUGUGGUUCCAGAAAGGCAGCCAAGGAUAGACGGAGCACCUCAGCCUGAAGCGAGGCAGUCAGAGAAAACGAUUGAGAGGAAGCGGGUGGCUUGGGCGUGGUCAGCGGCCAGGAGCCGGCUAGCACAUACAGUGCAUGCGGCACACAAAGGCAAGAAAGUGUGGGAUGUGGCGGCACAUGGCAACUUCCUCAUAUCUUGUGGAGGGGACGGGACUAUUCUCUUUCUGCAGGUCACAAGACACAGCGACGGUCCGAAGCUGCCGAGAGGCCACCUGUCUCGGCUCGGCCAAGACGGCGACUUGGGACAACGGAUUUCAGAGGACAGCCAAGCAUUCUUUCCUUUCUCUGUCUCGAUCUCUCCCGUCUCGUGUGUCAAGUUCCCCCAUCUGACCCUCAUGCAUUCUCUCGUUCCAACGGAGACGGCGCCUCCGUGGUGGUCCGAGGGCGAUACAUACCACGGUGAAGCAGCAGCAGGUAGCUCUGGCGGGGAUGCCGGCCCUCUGAGACACAACUGGUUGUGCGCCUUCCGCACGGCGGAUUUCGUGCUCUUUGAUUUGAGGACUUCCAUGGAGCUGAUGCGUGUGCGGUGUGGGAACAGUCGCCGACCGCUGGAUUUCCACCGCGAGAACUCCCACCGAUACACUUUCACGAGUGCAACGAAGCAUCUGCUUUAUUUCCACCUCCAUGGACGAGCAGACUAUCCGGCGUCGGCCGAGAAGGUGGCAAACGUAGACCUCGUCGAGGCCACACCAGAGGGCGAAGGGAGGAAUCCUGUCACGUGCACGGCAGGUGAACGCGAUCGUAUCUCGGGAGAGAAGAACGGUGGGGGACAGGACCACGGCGACACGCCUGCGAGAGGGUUGCAUGAUGGGAGCGCAGUGGCAGACGACGUUUCCCAGGAUGCUCCUCCUGGCUCACCCCUCCAGGAGGAGGCACGGAGGAGUGCUUCUUUCAAUCCGGGCUUUCACGGGAGGGAGGUCUGGUCGGUUUGUUGGUUGGACGAGGAAACGCUGGCCACUGGUGGCGAAGACAAUUCGGUCAAACUUAUCAGCGUCGCGGAGGACUCAUCCCGACAACCCACUCAGGCGGAUCCACGAGGCCUCGCGUACCAGCUGGGGCAACGGGCGACGGCGAACUCCAGAACAGCUGACGGGGCCGCUGUGCCCGAAAAGACUCGUGGCAGGUCCCCUGAACGUACAAGUAAAAAGCAGUUUACUUCUGGUAGACCCCUGUCUCUCUUACGCCCGCACCCCCUUUGUAUGUCCAGCGCAAGUCCGUCCAAGUGGCUUCUUCAGGUGCUUCAAACGGGCGUGCACCACACUGCGGCUGUGCGGUGUGUGCGACUACUUGACUGUCUCCGCCCCGAGAACUGUCUCGCGUCUCAGGCCGCGCCACGGGUGCUAGUGAGUGUUGGGGCCUGCAACACUGUCAGUCUUUUCUUUGUCGAUCCUCCCGCGCCGCGCACGGGUGAAGCUGAUGGUGUUUCAGCUGUGUCGCCGAAAAAAAAUCCGUUGCGCAUGAGCCACGCACUCUCUGUGAGGCUCUCCAAACGAGGACAGGGCACCGAGGUUCGCUUGAACGGGGCGGACGGAUUCAUAAAGAGACGUUGCCUCCCGAAACAAGCGGAGGGAAGCAAUGCCGAGGAGACACAGAGCAGCGAUUGCCGUGACGCGAGCGAGUCUCUGACUGUGCACAUCUGGACGGCUGCGUCGUCGGCGGAAGUCUCGUAUCUCGAAGGGACACUUGAGCUCGCAAGAUUCAAGAAAUCCAAUCACUUGGCAAACAGGGACCGGGGCCGGAACAGUCGUCUCGACAAGAGAGCAUCAUGCUCCCUAGAAGGAGCAGCACUGUGCAUCCGUGUCGUUCGUCUAGACGUGCACGCAAACGAUGUUAGAGGGUGUUCAUGUGCACGUCCAAAGGCCGAGUUUGAUACAGGGAGGCACUCAAGUACAGAAACGCAGAAGGUCCUCAUACUGACUGGGAUGACAACAGGAGACAUCGCGGUGUUUAUGGGGGACGCGAACGUUGCAAGACCUCGAUUGGAACGAUUAGGGACUCUGAAAGGACACCAAUGCGGCGUCAACGACUUAGAGGUGGCCGAAAUACAAGCCGCUUCGGAGGCAAAGGCGGCGAGCGACGAGUCGGCCGUUUCACAUGCAGCGUUGUGCGCCUCUUCCCUUGCGGAACCCCAAAAUGAAUCUCAUAGGUACUGCAUCGCGUCAUGUGGGGAUGACCAGUCAGUUACGGUUCAAUUUAUUUGUGUAGAGCACACGGGACGCAACGUGUCUCCCUACUAUCUUAGAGUGUUAUCUGCUUUUAGAGUCGAAAACGCUCACUCGUCAUCAGCAAGAAGCUGCGCGCUGUUCUUCCCCCUUUUGUUCACUGUAGGUUGGGAUCGGUGGGUGCAGGUGUGGAUGAUUCGGCAAGGUGUGGUACCUGGUGGACGCGAUGUACGAAAAACUAGUGCAUCUCGUUUACUGGAUCGAGCGGAGAUUAUCGAGCCCCCGUGGGCCACGAGAAAACAGUCGCUUACUGCCCAGAGGUUGAAUGCGCGAUCGGGGGAAUGCCAGCAGCGGCAAUAUUGGGGAGCGCCUACAGCGAUCGGCGAAGCACAACAUGAAUUUUCGCUGGAGCGUGUGGACGCAAUCAAAACGUCUGUUGCGGAUGCCGCUCAUUUGGACGGAUGGGCUUCUGCUUGCGGUGUUCGUGUAUGUGUAGUGGGCAGCUCUGGCGGUAUUGAAUGCUUCCAGUUCCGAGAGUAG